GCUGCAAAGUUUGGAGAGAGGCACUUCCUCCCGCCGCCCGCUGGGACACGGGCUAGGCGAGGGGGGGCGUGAGCCGGGCCGGGCUCAGCGCAGGCAGCCACUUCCUCGUGGGGGCGGACAGGGCACUGCAGCCGGCCCCCGCCUCCCGCUCGCCCGCCCCCGGCAGCACUGAGGGAAGCGAGCGCCUGCUCUCGGCUCGGCUCGGCUCGGCUCGCCCGCAGCCUGCACAUCUGUCCCCGCGCGCACGGACGCACACACACACACACACACACACACACACACACACGCACACGCACACGCGCAGCUGCCCGGGCGGGGUACGCGCAGCCCUGCCAUGUCUCCCGGGAAGCCGGAGUCCGGCUGAGCAGAGCCCCGCGGGAUCAUGGAGCAGCCCUUCUUCCCCAGCCUACUGCUGCUGCUGUUGCUGAGCCUCUCCAAGAUCAAAAGUUCAAAUGGCUGUGGUCCAAAUUGCAGCUCAAUAAUUACAACAACAACACCAAAACUAAGUUCUAAAGAAUUAACAGAAGGCAGUGCAACUCAUGGGGAUGGAACGUCAUUCUCAAGUUUAUCUAUGAGCGAACCCACUUCAGUUUCCAAUACCCAGUUUGCAAGAAUUGCAGACUUCCUUGAGUCAAACAGUGGCACUGAUUCUAUGAAGCAGAAUGUGCGCCUCUCUGGAAAACACAAUUCAACAGACAGAGAGACAAGUACUGCCAGUCCAGAUUCAACUCUACUCAAUAAUGGGACCAGAAGCAGUAAUCCAAGGCCCAGUCCAGUUUUUGACAUCCAGGCCAUCGCUAUCAGCACAGAUAAAGUGAAUUUAACCUGGAAGAACAAUGAUACAGCUGCUGCUAACUAUACCUAUAUGAUCCUCAAAGACGGAACUGAAUUUCCAAGUAUCACGAUGCUCCAAAAGAUGCAAGCUGUCAUUAUGGGCUUAGAACCUGGUACGCUUUAUAACUUCACAAUAUAUCCACCAGCACCAGAUAACACAACUAGAGGAGAUGGAAAUUCCAUGAGCGUCUACACCAAGCCCAGUCCAGUUUUUGACAUCCAGGCCAUAGAUAUCAGCACAGACUAUGUGAAUUUAACAUGGAAGAACAAUGAUUCAGAUGCUGAUAAUUAUACCUAUAUGAUCCUCGGAGACAGUGCUUCAUUUCCAAAUAUCACAAUAUUCCAAGAGAGGCAAGCUGUCAUUACAGGCUUAAAACCUGGUACUCUUUAUAACAUCACAAUAUAUCCACUAGCGCCUGAUAAUGCAACUAAAGGAGAUGGAAAUUCCACAAUUGUGUAUACUAAGCCCAGUCCAGUUUUUGACAUCCAGGCCAUAGAUAUCAGCACAGACUAUGUGAAUUUAACAUGGAAGAACAACGAUUCAGAUGCUGAUAAUUAUACCUAUAUGAUCCUCGGAAACGGUGCUUCAUUUCCAAAUAGCACAAUAUUCCAAAAGAGGCAAGCUGUCAUUACAGGCUUAGAACCUGGUACUCUUUAUAACAUCACAAUAUAUCCACUAGCGCCUGAUAAUGCAACUAAAGGAGAUGGAAAUUCCACAAUUGUGUAUACUAAGCCCAGUCCAGUUUUUGACAUCCAGGCCAUAGAUAUCAGCACAGACUAUGUGAAUUUAACAUGGAAGAACAACGAUUCAGAUGCUGAUAAUUUUACCUAUAUGAUCCUUGGAAACGGUGCUUCAUUUCCAAAUAGCACAAUAUUCCAAAAGAGGCAAGCUGUCAUUACAGGCUUAGAACCUGGUACUCUUUAUAACAUCACAAUAUAUCCACUAGCGCCUGAUAAUGCAACUAAAGGAGAUGGAAAUUCCACAAUUGUGUAUACUAAGCCCAGUCCAGUUUUUGCUGUCCAGGCCAUACAUAUCAGCACAGAUCAAGUGAAUUUAACUUGGAAGAACAAUGAUGCAGCUGCUGCUAAGUAUACCUAUGAGAUACAGUUUUUCAAAGAUGGAAAUUUAACUGUCUGGCCUGAGAAACCCCAAAUCAUGGGAGCUGUAAUUACAGGUUUAGAACCUGGUACACUCUAUAACUUCACAAUAUAUCCACUAGCGCCAGAUAACACAACUAGAGGAGAUGGAAAUUCCACGAGCGUCUACACCAAGCCCAGUCCAGUUUUUGCUGUCCAGGCCAUAAAUAUCAGCACAGAUCAAGUGAGUUUAACUUGGAAGAACAAUGAUGCAGCUGCUGCUAAGUAUACCUAUGAGAUACAGUUUUUCAAAGAUGGAAAUUUAACUUUCUGGCCUGAGAAACCCCAAAUCACAGGAGCUGUAAUUACAGGUUUAGAACCUGGUACACUCUAUAACUUCACAAUAUAUCCACUAGCACCAGAUAACACAACUAGAGGAGAUGGAAAUUCCACGAGCGUCUACACCGAGCCCAGUCCAGUUUUUGACAUCCAGGCCAUAGAUAUCAGCACAGAUUAUGUGAAUUUAACAUGGAAGAAUGACGAUUCAGCUGCUGAUAAUUAUAUCUAUGUGAUAGAGAUUUUCAAACAUGGAACUUUAUUUCCAAGUAACAAAACAUUCCCAAAGAGAGAAGCUGUCAUUACAGGCUUAGAACCCGGUACAUCUUACCACUUUAAAGUAUACCCACUAGCACUGGAUAACAGGACACGGGGUUACCCAAAUUCUACAAGUGUCUGUACAAAUGCUGCACCACCGCAUGAAUUUAAGUGUGAACAAGUGCCUAAAAAGCCUGAAUUAAAACUAAAAUGGCUAUGUCCUCUUGGCAAUAAUUCUGGCUUCCGCAUAAAGAUAUCUAAUGGCAUAAGGAGUAAUGAAAGUUCGGUUUCAUCUUGUAAAUCAGGAAAUGUAGAAAAAAGUAUAGACAACUUAACUUAUUACACCACAUACUAUAUUAACAUUACAACCCAUUCAUGUGGGAAAGACAGCCUUCCAGAGCAAAGAACAUGUGCUACAAGUAUUACUGACCCUCCUGCUCCAAGUGCACCCCCUGCAAUUACAGGAAUUGAUCACAACUCGUUUGAAGUUCAGUUUAGUCCGUUUAAGUCUGAACAUGGACCCUUAAAGGCCUAUGCAGUCCUAAUCACAACUGCUAAUGAUAACCAGCCUUCAAAAUAUAACCUGAACUUGACAUACAAUGACUUCAAGAAAAAAAAAACACAUACCUAUGUAACAUAUGUUAUGAACAUUGAACAUACAAGGGCUUCUCUCUCAACCUCCGGAAGUCAGCCUUACACAGUUGUAGUAGGAAAUGCGAACACCACACAUGCUUAUUACAAUGGACCACUGGAGCCCCUUGGUUUAUACAGGGCUUCUGUUGCAGGUUUCACUGAUAUUACGUAUGCCAAUAAUAAAACUGGACCUAUUGUUGAAGAGAGGAGCUACGUAUCAUUCACACCUUAUUCUGAACCCAUUCGAGUACCCCAGGAUCCAGGCAUCAUUGUUGGAGCUGUUCUUGGUUCUAUUUUGUGUGUCUCGGCUGUACUUCUUGUAGUGGUCUUUGUUUUCUGGAGAAGGAGAAGGAAAGAUGGAAAAAAUAAUGAUGUGUCCUUUUCUCAGAUUAAACCUAAGAAGUCAAAGCCAAUUAAAGUUGAAAACUUUGAGUCUUACUUUAAGACACAGCAAGCUGAUUCAAACUGUGGAUUUGCUGAAGAGUAUGAAGAACUGAGGCCUGCCGGUGUCCAUCAGCCUAAAUUUGCUGCUGAACUCGCUGAGAAUAGAGGAAAGAAUAGAUAUAAUAAUGUAUUGCCAUAUGACAUUUCUCGUGUUAAACUUUCAGCCCAAAGCCAUCCAACUGAUGAUUAUAUUAAUGCGAACUACAUGCCUGGAUACAAUUUAAGGAAAGAAUUUAUUGCUGCACAAGGUCCCUUACCGAACACUCUGGAAGACUUCUGGCGGAUGAUUUGGGAAAAGAAUAUUUAUGCUAUUGUUAUGUUGACAAAAUGCAUUGAGCAAGGCAGGACAAAGUGUGAGCAGUAUUGGGCAGACAAACAACCCAUGAGUUAUGGUGAUAUUACUGUAACAAUGACUUCAGAGAUUGUCCUUGCAGAAUGGACAAUAAGGGACUUCACAAUAGAAGAUAAUAACGAGACAGACAGUCACUGUGUACGCCAGUUCCAUUUCACUGCCUGGCCUGAUCACGGUGUUCCAGAGACUACGGAACUUCUCAUCAGCUUUAGACAUCUUGUUGAGGAAUACACAAGGCAAAAUCCCCCAGAAUCUCCUACUCUGGUACACUGCAGUGCUGGUGUUGGAAGGACAGGUACUUUUAUUGCAAUUGACCGACUGAUCCAACAAAUAGAAAUGGAGAACACUGCCGACGUGUAUGGUGUAGUGUAUGACCUUCGAAUGCAUCGGCCGCUAAUGGUACAAACAGAGGAGCAAUAUGUCUUCCUAAACCAAUGUGUUUUGGACAUUAUUAAAUCCCAGAGGGACAAAAAAGUGGACCUUAUCUACCAAAACACAACAGCAAUGGCAAUCUAUGAAAAUCUUGCACCAGCGCCCAAUUUUGGGAAGGCAAAUGGCUACUGUGCCUAACCAAACAGGAAGAUGAGUUAGCAGGAGGCCAUUCUUCCCUUCACAAAGAAAAGGGAAAUGCACUGUUGUACAUGGUUUUGUACAGUUUUGUGUGUGACUAAUUUGAAGAUGCCAUGUAAAAAUGCUAGUGGGAGUUGCAGAAACUGUUAUUACAAUUAACAGAGGAAUUUUGUUUUCACGUGGGAACUUCAGUCUACUUGUAAGUGAUGUAGUAUUGCAGGAUGAAUGAUGAACUAAAUUUAAAAUAUUAAAGGUAAUAAAUGACACAGGCUCUUUUUUAAUUACAGUUUUAUAUGAUUUUCAUAUACAGACACCAGACUGUUAAUAUAUUUAAUUAUAAAUGUCAGGAACAUAUUCUAUCUACUGUAUCUGAUUAUUUAGCUAUGAGCAUAUGCAUCUUUGAUUUGUUCUUAGCAUUCCUUUUUAUUUAAAAAACAGAAAGGAGUACAAAUAUCUCCUACAAAUGGAUGUUUUUAUAUAUAGAAAUUGUGCCUUUUCUAGUCAAGACUCUGUAAACAAAAACCAUCAGAGAUCUAUAUUUUUGUACUGAAACUCUUAGAUUGCAUAUAGAUUUUUAAAUAAGGCUAAUAUCAAGCUUUUAAUUGUAGUAACACUCUCCUACUUUUUAGUGGUGAUCUGUCCUUUCACCACAACCCUCCAAGGCCUUAUCAUCACAGUGCCUCAGCUAGGGGAAGAGGAGGGUGGUGUGUCGCUCUGAGCUUUAACUACAGAGUGUGUGUGUGUGUGUGUGUGUGUGCAUGUGUGUGUGUGCGCGCGUGUGUGUGUGUGAGAGAGAGAGAGAGAAGGGGAGCAAAAUCUCCUAUUUCUGGCUGAUUCUGUUUUUAUACAGUCUAAAAUGAUUUAUUUAAAGGUGCAAUACAUAACUUACUGAAUAAUGAUGGCUCUAUUUUAAUAGAGUUUUACUCAGGUUGGUGUCUCUCAUUGUUGUUGUUUUCCUUUAAAUAUAUACAUCUGUGAAAGUUUCAAUCUGAGAAUUUAAGUGUCAAAGUACUCCCAAAUAGGUUCCUUGGCUUUACUCUCUUCACCAAAAGUAAAUGCACAAAAGUCUACUGUAUAUACCAGGUUCUAAAAUCUGUUGUUUUAUCCAGUCAAAACUGAGAUCUGUUUUUAUCUGUGUAUAUCUCAAAGUUAUAAUUUAAUUGUUUUUUAUGUUUGCAAUAUGUUGCUGCUGUUUUAACUGAUUUUUAAAAAAAUAAUAAUUUGCCUGUUAAUUUUACAAGUUGAGGACUAAUUUGGAUUUAUUUUCCUGGUACAUGAAUGUUGAAUUAUGAAGGCAUUAUUGAUGAAGGAUUUAUUUCUAGCUACUUGUUCUGGUAGGACUGUGGGGGUGGGGUGGGCAGGUAGGCAUUUGUUCUUGGGAUCCCGUGCACUGGUUGCAUUGCAUAAGAGGUAUGAAGUUUCUGAACGUACUAUACAAUAACUAUUAAGUAGUUAAAAAUCUUAUGAAGGGUUAAUGAACAGGGUCUUUGGGAUUCUGCUGCAUUUUUAAACCAGUUUUUGCGGUAGUAAUGACAAAAACACAUGCAAAGUUUAGAAAUGUUUGUGGCAUUAAGAUAAACAUGUAGGAAACUUGGCCACCUGGUAGAGUCCACUGUUAGUUAAAGAAUUCUAUUGACUUUGCUGGUACACAGUUGUGGACCCAAUGAGAAGCAUGUCAUUUAAGUAAAACUGAAGGGAGAACCGCAACAGUGUUUGUCCAUUAUUCAGAGCAGCCAUUUGUUUAUUGCAUUUUCCCCCUUCUCUGAAAUGCUUUAGUAUUAUUCAAAUAAAUUCUUCUACCAGAUUCUCCCUGAAAUAGAAAUUGCAUUUGAUUUGCAACGGUGGGUCUUAUUUUUACCUUUUCCAAACUCUUGUCAGGUAACAACCAAAUGCAGCUACUUUAUCACUUCACUUGGCAACGUGGACCAAAUGGAAGGAGUUCCAAAAGGAACACUAGAAAAGAGAGACCUGUACUUUACACUUCAUUUCUUUUUCUUUUAGUAUUCUUAUAUAAUAAAGGGCUUUGUCUGUCUGUCUGUCUGUCUGUCCAUAACACUCUUGGAGUACUCUGAUUGAUUAGUGAAACAACCAGUCAGAGUACGGAGUGCUGCCAUGAUGGAGGGGAUGGAUAGGGGGUGCAAAGCCAGUGCCACUGGCCUCACCCCCCUGCUCCAUCCCCACCAUCAUGGCAGCGCUCCACUGCCCCCGAGGAGCAGGGCCGUGGGGGGUGGCAAGGCCACCGAUGCUGGAGGUGGUGGUGGCACGGGGUGCUGGCAAGAGUGGACAGAGGGGACUGCGGGGUAAGCUUCUUCCCCUCUGUGCGCCGCCCCCCCGCUCCUGGGAAGCGGUGGUGACACAGCGUGGUAGGUGGAGAUGCUCCAUCCCUACCUGCUCCCUGUCCCCCCCCCCCCCCGGUCAUUCUUGAUGGGCAGUUGGCUAGUAAUCACUUAAAUGGGAUUCUUCUUUGAUGUGCUACCGGUCAAGAAUGACCUGAGAAUACCUAGGUGGUCAGCAUUCAUUAUUCCCAGGAUAACCCCAAAAAGUUGUCAGGACUGAGAAAGUUCCCCUUGGAUUUGAGUGUCUGGUUUAAAUAGUACAGAAGAUUUCUCUGCUGUGGGAUGGUUCACCUGUCUUACAUGGCAGCAGAACAUCAGUAAACAAAUAGUAGCUGCACCUACUAUAUCUGACUAAACGCUGAUGAUUUAUUGGCUGGACCCUGGGUAUGACUUACUUUCAUUGUAAGAAAAAAUAGAGUAAAUAUUUCCAUUCCUAACUAUUAAACAAAGAAAGAAACAAAAUCCAUGCAAGCACUUUUGUGAAUUAUGAUUUCCAAAGCAAAUGUCUGCUCUUAUCAGGAGAGAGGUGAAGUUCUCUAAUUAUGGGAAGAAAAAUACAGCAGAUGAGAUUCCUGGGUGAAUCCUGAAUGACGAUACCAAUCAUAUUUUCUGUUAGAAUCACCUUCUGUUUGAAGCCAAUGGAAACUCCCUGAGGAGGGCAGGCAAAUUCCAUUUCACUUCAUGAAAAAGCUAAUUAAAAUUAAGAUUGGUCACUGUUCCAGUGUAAAUGACUAGAGCAGGAUUUCUCUCUUGAAGGAAUAGGAGUCCAGGUAAUGCUUUAUCAUCUUGGAGAUUGCCUCCUCAAUAAAAUGACUUGAAUAAAGUGUAUUUUUCUUGCAUAUAAAAACUGAUGCUCUGUGUACUAUAAUUCUCAUGAUCUAAGACUAAAACUUGUUUAUUUAUACUGUCUCAUUGUGCUUCCUGCAUCCAUUCAAUAUUUAUUGUUGGUGUUGCUUAUCCAAAAUAAUCCACUUUUCUGAUUUCAGUGUUCUGAUUAGUUACAAUUAGGUUCCCUGGCUGUUUUUCCCCUUCUAGUUGGGGCCCAUUUAAAAAGGGAAAUGUUGAUGUAUUUCAAAUAAGGGCUACUGUUAGUUGAGUAUUUUGACAUAAUGUACACAUUUUAUUGUUUUCAUAUGGUUGUACAGAAAAAAAAUACAGCACUGUCUUAAUUUUUUUUUAAUGAUUUUGUUUUUAAGGAGAUUAACAAUUAAAAAGCAUCAACUUAGAAUGGCA